AUGUCUAAUGGUGCACCUUUCCCCCUUGAUUACCGCGGCACUCGCAACUACGGGCCUCGUUUUAUACCUGAUCGCUACUCGACUUUUGUUUCAUCCGCUCGCAAAAGUCCCCGGACCCCGCCUGGCGGCUCUGACCAAGUGGUGCACGUCAACGAUGCUGGGGUCUACAAGAGAACUUUUGCCGUUGCAUCGCCCUUUCCUAAGUCCGAGUUUUUCUACUCAUCUGUCGGAGUCGGGGACGCGAUUGGAGCCAUGACAGACACGAAGAAACAUCGCGUCCGCCGGUCAAUUCUGGGUCCGCGGUUACGAGCCAAGGCAAUUGCCCCUUAUACACCAAGUUUGCAAAAGUUGGUCAUCGCCUGUAUGGAUAUCAUGGCUGGCAAGGCGCGCCAGGGCAAGGUGAUCAAUCUGUUGCGGUACACGCGUGCCCUAACGGUAGAUGUGAUUUCCGAUUUCACAUUUGGACGCCCGAUGGGUGUCGUCAAUGAAGCAGAGGAAAUGCCAGACCUGCUAAAUGAUUUGGAGGUGUUUGGGCGGCACUUCCACAUCCUGAAGCAUUUUCCGAUAAGUCGCAAGUUGCUAGAUAUCAUCCCUGAAUCAUUUGCGCGCAAGUUGAUGCCACUGCCGGGAUUCUUCGAGCUUCGUGAGAAAGCCACCACUGCCGUCAACGAAGCCGUGGUAGAGAGACAAGCUGGCAAGACCAUAAGCAACAACACCGAUGGGGCAAGCUUUCUAGACCUGCUUCUUAACCAGAUCGACGAGAAUCCCAGCGUGCUGGUCGAUGAAGGUUGUGCAUUCAUCACCGGCGGGAGCGACACCACGGGCUUCACCAUGGAGAACGCAACGUAUCUUAUCCUGAGCCAUCCACAUAUUUUGCAGAGUCUUCUCCAGGAACUCGACACUAGCCCACAUAUCAGAGAUACCUUUGACCUCGACCACAUCCUACGCCUCCCGUUUCUGACUGCUAUCAUUAAAGAAACCCUCCGUUUAUACACUCCGGCCCCAAGCCCGUUGCCGCGCACCGUGCCUGCAGAGGGCAUCGAUGUUCAUGGCCACUUCCUCCCCGGCGGUACAAUCCUCACCCACUCCCUCUACCUAAUCCACCAUAACCCGGUGCUCUUCGCGGACCCGAAAAGCUUCAAACCAGAGCGAUGGCUCGGGACGCAGGGUAAGGUGCUGGAGCAGUACUAUGUACCGUUUAGCAAGGGUUCGCGUUCGUGUAUUGGCAUGGCGCUUGCAUAUCACGAGGUUUACACCUACCUUUCGCUUCUGUUCUCGCGAUUCGAGAUGGAGAUCUUCGAGACAAGUCAGUCGGACAUGGACUGGCGGGAACAUUUUUUUGUCAAGCGCAACGGGCAACUGAGGAUUCGGAUUGUGCGGGAUAGAUGGACUGGCGAGGCUUUCCCAACAAGGGCAGUUGAGGCUGAUUUGAGAUAA